UCCAUAUCGGGAAAUAAAGCGUGAGCCGCACCGUGCCUCAUGUCUCAUGUCGCACGACAUGAUUCAUGCCUCAUCACUAAAAAUAAACAACCAUAUCAAAAAGCAGUCACAACUAUCACACCCUAUUUAGGAAUUACUGCAAAUUAUCAUUACCUACCCCAGAUUUCCGUUUAGGGUAUAAUGUCAGAACACAUUUCUGACUACACAAAUAAUCAUAACGAUGAAGCUGAUGUAGACCUCAAUGAUGUCAUUGCCAACUCCCUUUCAUCCCUAACAAAUAAUAAUAACAAUAAUAAUAAUAAUCAUAAUAAUAAUGAUAAACUGGAACAUAACCCUGAUGAACAAAUGUUGCAACCAAAUGCGGAGACAGAUACACACAACCCACACCAACACCAUGAAGAUAUUGACUUAGAGAGUGCUAUAAAUAAUGCAUUUGACCAAUUCGAUAUGACCUCGUUUGCCAAUGAUGCACAUUCCGAUAAUUAUAAUGAGGAUAAUAAUAGUAAUAAUAAUAAUAAUAAUAACAUUAAUAAUAUUAAUAAUACUAAUACUAAUACUAAUACCAAUAGCAAUAAUGAUAGUAAUGAUGAUAAUGAAAAUAAUAUACACAAUACACAUACCAAUGGUAAUAAUAAUGAUACACAGAUUUUUGAUCAUCAUGAUGAUCAGUCACAAAGUGACCAAUUCAAUCUUGACGAUGCUAUUGGGAAAGCAUUCGAGAAUGCCUUAGAGCAACAUCAGCAGGAGGAAAUACAAGAACAAGAUGAAGUGAAGGAACAUGAACAUGAACAUGAACAUGAACAUGAACAUGAACAUGAACAUGAACAUGAACAUGAACAUGAACAUGAACAUGAACAUGAACAUGAACAUGAACAUGAACAUGAACAGGAACAGGAACAGGAGCAUGAAGUAGAGCCAAAAUCAAAUAUACAGACCAAUCUAGAUGAUGAUAUUGGUAAAGCAUUUGAAAAUGCAUUACAUAGCUUUGGUGAGCCUGAUGUUAGGGAAUCAUCAAAGACAAACACUAACGAAUCCGUGAAUGAAUUAAACUUGGAUGCUGCAAUUGAAAGUGCCUUUGAUAAUGUUCUACAUAGUGAACAUACAAGUACUAGUCCAGCACAGGAUAAGCCCGAUGAAUCAAAAUAUUUAGAUGAUGAAAUAAGUAAAGCUUUCGAUAAUGCUAUUAAAGAAAAUGAUUCAACUAUACCUCAAGAAAGUUCAGACAAUGUACAUCUUGAAGAUACCAUUGGACAAGCUUUGGAGUCUGCCAUAGUAGAAGAUCAACACAAUUCUAAGGAAAGUAGUCACGAUAAUCAUGAUGAUUCUAACUUGGAUGAUGCUAUUGGUAUGGCAUUUGCAAAUGCAAUGAAAGAGUCUGAACCGGCGGAGUCGUCACUGAAUGAUAAUAAGAUCAUAGAUAAAUCAGAAUCAGUCCAUGAUGAAACUAAUCAAGAACCAGAACAAGCAGAACAACCAGAACAACCAGAACAUGAAUCCCAUAAGGACUUGAGUUUGGAUGAAGCCAUAGGAAGUGCAUUCAAGGAUGUAUUUUCUCAACAAUCGAAAGAUGUAUCUACUUCUGAGCAGGUUGAAGAAGAGAAGGCACAAGAUGAUGAUGCUCUAGAGAAUGCUAUUGGUAAUGCAUUUAACCAUAUAUUCCAUAAAGACGAAGCUGUACAGUCUAAUCAAGAGGAAUCUAAACAAGUAGAAUCACAUGAAGCUAAAGAACAACAACGUGAAGUUUCUGAUGAUGAUGAUUUAGAUCUUAAUGAAGCCAUUGGUAAUGCUUUUAAAACUUUAUUACCAGAACAACAAAGUACUGAAUCUUCAAAGGAUACCACUGCUAAAGUGGAUAAUGAUGAUGAUUUAGAUUUAGAGAAUGCAAUAGGAGCCGCAUUUGAAUCAAUAAAUCAAUCAACUACUUUCCAUUCACAAGAAGAAGAGGAUAAACCCGUAAAUGAAGAUGAAUUGAGUGCUAUAAUUUCAGCCUCAUUUCAACAAGCAAUUGCCACUGGAUCAGGUACUGGAUCAGGUGCUGGUUCUCAACCAGUUUCAACCAGUAAAUCAGGACAAUACUCAAAUUCUGAUCUAGUACAUGCACCAGCAUCCAGAAAGAAUGAAAUCCCAUUUGAUGUAUCUAGUUUAGUUCAAACAUUAGUUAACCAAAUGGCUAAUCAAGAUGAUUUUACUGAUACCCCUACGACCAGAUUACCUAUUUCAGAAGAUAUAAUUCAAGAAUUAGCCGCAGAAAUUACUAAUCAAGUUCAAUAUCAUUUAGCCGAAAAUGAAACUGCUAAGAAAUCUUCAAAUGUAUCAUCAUUACCACAAAUUGCUGAUAAUGUAUUAGAACAUUUUCAACAAGAAGCUCAUAAAGAAGAAGUAGCACGUAGAAGAAAUGAAUCUAAGAAGAAGUCAAUAAGUAAUACUAUUGGUAAUGGUAAUGGUAAUGUUUCUAAACCUUUAACUAAGGAAAAAGAUACACAUACAAAUGAUUUAGAACUGUUACAAAUGAGUGAUAUCUUACUGAAUGCUUUUAAAAUGGCUAUGGAAAAUCCUCAAGAAUUAUUGACUGAUUUAGAUACUGAAGAUACUAUAGAUACCAAUAGAGGAAGUUCAAUUAAUUCCGAACCAGAACCAGAACCUGAAUCUACUGGUUCAUCAUCUAAACCUUUAGUGACUGUACCAUAUUCUUCAUCUACUGCUAGAUUUUUAGAAACAUUAAAUCGAUCAUCAUCCAUUGAUCUUGAUGGGAAACAACCACCACCAUCUAAAAAAUCAUUAUCUAUUGCUGAAACUUUAGCACUUCAUAGAUCAGCCAUGUCUACUGGAGCUAAAGCAUUUUCAACAGGAGGAGUAUCUACAGAAACAAAUAAAGGUUCAUUAUAUGAUUAUGGAGCAUUAAAUAGUCAAAUCUCUCAAGCUUUAAGUUCAAUAACUUCAAGAAUUAAUAAUUCUACUGGAUCUAAUGAAAAUUUAUUAAGUGUAAUUAGACAAAUGACUAAUUCAUUUACUACGGGAUUUCAACCAACAUUAACAGAUUCAUCAUCAUCAUCAAAUAAUUUAAAUGCUUCAGAAAUUAUUCAAAGUUAUAAAGAUAAACCUGAAAAGGAUACCAUUAUAAAUUCUUUAUUACUUGCUAAGAAAUAUUUAUAUGAUCAAAGUGAAAUUAGAAUUCCUGAUGCCCAAAGUAAUUCAUUGGCUGCAAAAUUACUUGAUAAUGUAUUAAAUCAAUUUGAUACAUCAAAGAUUGAUCCUAAUUUAACUAAUUCAUCAUUAAAUUCAUUUUCAGCUAAUCGAGCUCCAAAUAUUAGAAAUGAAUUUAUUUCAAGUAUUGGUAAAUCAGUUAUAUCAGCAAUAUCGAAUUUUUCACCAAAUUUUAGAAGAAAUGGUAAUGAUAAACCUCCCAUUGAUUCACCCGAAUAUAAAGAAAAAAUUAGAAUUGAUAAUCGAGAAAGAAAGAAGAAAUGGAGAGAAGAAAAUUCAGAUAGAAAUAAAGAUAAUGAUUUAAGAUCAAGAGUUUUAAAGCGGGCAAGUGCAAUGUUUGGAGAAACUGAUAGUGUAGAAAAGAAAGCUUGGGCAGAAGAAGAAUUUAAUAGAAGAAGAGAUAGAAGAAUUGCCAAAGAGGAAAAAAGAGAGCAUGAUAAAGUUCAAGGUAAUCUAUCUCAAGAUAAAAUCUUUACUAAGGGUAAAGAAACAGGAACAGGAACUGGAACUGGAUCUAAAUUAGCCAUGGAUGAAGAUCUUUCUAAACCUGUAACUGAUAUAUUUAAUAUGGUUUCAAGUGCAACUUAUCGAGAAAAUCCUGAAGCUGCCUUAGCAGCUACGGCUGCUGCAACAGCUACCGUGGCAGCUAUGUAUGCUGAUAGAAAUCAAAAUGUCACCUAUAAACAAGUUGAAUCUGCUGUGGGAUCUAUUAUAAUGAAUUUAAUGGAAUCAUCGAAUUCAUUAGAAUUAAAUGAUCGACUUUCAAGUCUUUCUAAGGGAAUCUCAUCUAAUUUCCAAUUCACUAGAUCUCAAUCUCCUAAUCAUCAACAUUCAAGAUCUAUGACUUCUGGUUCGAGUAGUUCAACAUCCACCAGCACCACCACUUCUUCUUCAACUAAUGGAGGUAUAUUAAAUAGAAUAUCUUCAUCAGUUAGAGACGUAGCCAAUGCCGGUUAUGAAUCAUUACAAAAUUUCCGGAAUUUAAAUAUUCAAGAAAAGAGGAAAUCAGAUAUUCCAUUAAGUAAUGAACCUAAACGAUCUAAACUUAUGACUGAUGUUGAAGCUUUAGUUUCUGAACGAGAUUCAUUUAGUAAGAUUGCCUCUAAUUUAGAUCAAAUGAGAAGUUCAUUGGCUACGGGUUCAGCCUCUCAUUUAUGGGGCUCUGUUAAUACACUUCGAAUGCCUCUGUAUAGAAAGGCCACUGAUCCAUCAUCAUCAUUAUCUACUGCUACUACUACUACUACUACUAAACCCAAUACUGGUGAUAAUUCAACUAUUAAACUUGAAUAUUCGACAUUAUCAUUACCCACCUCCUCACCAUUUAUUUCAAAUAAGAUUCAUACUGGAACUAUAACCAAUACUAAUGGAAUUUCUUCUGGUUUAAGAAGACCUGGUAGUUUUCAAAAACCAGUAGCUAAAACUGAUAGAGCUAAGGGGAAAAGUUUAGGAUUUCCUAAAUUAUAUUCUUCAUCUACAUAAAUCAAAUCAAAUCAAAUCAAUUCAAACCAAUUCAAUUCAAUUCAAUUCAAUUCAAUUCAAUUCAAUAACU